UCGCUCGCCGUUCCGUGGCGGGAACUGAGGCCUGUGGGGAUAGCGGUGAUCGCAAGUCUCCUGGGCCCGUUAUUCUCAGAUUAGGGAACGGAACGAAGACUUUGAGACCAUCUUGUCCUUUUUGUAUCGCGGAAACCUCAGGAACUAGCCGGCGGCGGUGACCUGCACGAGAAGUCAGGCUGACUGGUAACCGGCUGAAAGAAUUGCAAGCCCACUUCGCCUUCCCCACUCCUGCCCUUGAUGCCCCCGUGAGGGUGAAGUAACCAUGCAGGCAUUUCUUAAAGGCACAUCCAUCAGUACUAAAUCCCUGCUGACCAAGGAUCGAGGAGUAGCUGCCACUGCGGGAAGUAGCGGAGAGAACAAGAAAGCCAAACCCGUUCCCUGGGUGGAAAAAUAUCGCCCAAAAUGUGUGGAUGAAGUUGCUUUCCAGGAAGAAGUGGUUGCAGUGCUGAAAAAGUCUUUAGAAGGAGCCGAUCUUCCUAAUCUCUUGUUUUAUGGACCACCUGGAACUGGAAAAACAUCCACUAUUUUGGCAGCAGCUAGAGAACUCUUUGGACCUGAACUUUUCCGAUUAAGAGUUCUUGAGUUAAAUGCAUCUGAUGAACGUGGAAUACAAGUAGUUCGAGAGAAAGUGAAAAAUUUUGCUCAGUUAACUGUGUCGGGAAGUCGUUCAGAUGGGAAGCCGUGUCCACCUUUUAAGAUUGUGAUUCUGGAUGAAGCAGAUUCUAUGACCUCAGCUGCUCAGGCGGCUUUAAGACGUACCAUGGAGAAGGAGUCUAAAACCACCCGAUUCUGUCUUAUCUGUAACUAUGUCAGUCGAAUAAUUGAACCUCUGACCUCUAGAUGUUCAAAAUUCCGCUUCAAGCCUCUGUCAGAUAAAAUUCAACAGCAGCGAUUACUAGACAUUGCUGAGAAGGAAAAUGUCAAAAUUAGUGAUGAGGGAAUAGCUUAUCUUGUUAAAGUGUCAGAAGGAGACUUAAGAAAAGCCAUUACAUUUCUUCAAAGUGCUACUCGAUUAACAGGUGGAAAGGAGAUCACAGAGAGCGUGAUCACAGACAUUGCUGGGGUAGUACCAGCUGAGAAAAUUGAUGGAGUAUUUGCUGCCUGUCAGAGUGGCUCUUUUGACAAACUAGAAGCUGUGGUCAAGGACUUAAUAGAUGAAGGUCAUGCAGCAACUCAGCUCGUCAGUCAACUCCAUGAUGUGGUUGUAGAGAAUAACUUGUCUGAUAAACAGAAGUCCAUUAUUACAGAAAAACUUGCCGAAGUUGACAAAUGCCUAGCAGAUGGUGCUGAUGAACAUUUGCAACUCAUCAGCCUUUGCGCAACUGUGAUGCAGCAGUUAUCUCAGAAUUGUUAAGAAGUGAAUAUAUUUUGAUGUGGGGCUUUGUAAAUAAGGGGGUUGUAAUAAAAAUGACCAAAAGCACCUUUAAA